AUGUCGCAUACCUGGGGAGAUCGAUGCCAGGCUGAACGGAUUCUCGUAAACGGAGAAGCAAUUACCAUCUCGCGCAACCUGGCUGAAGGCCUCCGGGCUUUGUCCAGAUAUCCUGCCGUGGUGGACGGACAUUUAAAGGUUUGGAACGACUUCCUUUGUCUUGAUCAGCAAAAUAAAGUCGAGGUGCAAAGAGAAUUGAAAAGGAUGCCAACUAUAUUUUCCAACGCCUACUCCGUGGUGGCAUGGCUUGGCCCGGCUAUGGAAGAAAGUCCUCUCGUAAUGGACACGCUCAAUAAGUUCGGCGACGUCGAUGAUCAUUUUGCCAGAUCGGAAGAGAUCUUGACUUCCAUUCCAAGAGAAGUGUGGAAAGCAUUGGCCUAUUUCCUCCAGAGGCCGUACUGGCGCCGCAUGUGGAUCGUUCAAGAGUUAGCAUUGGCAGGUUCCCAGACUGUGUUGCUAUGUGGUGACCGUUCAGCACACCUGCAUUCCCUGUGGAACCUAGUCGUGGCAAUCAUCGAAAAUGUGCCCUGGUUUCAUCGACUUUUCGCCACAUCCCGCGGAGAUGAUGGCAGCUACUAUGACAGGUUUCGACACGAGACAUUUUCGGUCUGUGCAAGGCUCCUAUACGUACAUGAGAUCGACAGAUCGAUCCAGAACGGUACCGACUGCGACGUGCUUCAACUCCUGGAUAUUUGUCGUGGUUCACUCCAGCAAGACGAUCGGGACAAGGUCUACAGCAUCCUUGGUUUGUUGCCCCCCAGGGUAUCUGCACUGAUCGAGCCAGAUCUGGACAAGACGGCACACGCUGUAUACGCUGACCUGGCCCGAGCCAUCAUCAGAGCAAUGAAGCGACUGGAUCUCCUCCAAAAUUGCAGAAUUCGUUCAGGGAAACCGAUGUUUCCCACCUGGACUCCAGAUCUUCGAGUCAAAAGCAUGUCACAUACAUUGGGAACAAGAGCUAUAAUGGACGCCGGGGGGAACCUUGAGAUCGAGCCUCGAUUUUCUCCAGACGGACUAUUCCUGAUUUGUCGGGGCGUCGUCCUAGAUGAGAUCGAUCAUCUCACGCCUCCUCAAUGGCCACUGGUGGCAGUUUCUGAAGAAGAGGAGAUGCAGUCUGUCCCAACCAUCCCCGUACUGGAGCAAAACAUGGCGACAGUUAGGGAUGCGCUCUGGAGGACGUUAGUAGGUGGAAGCGCCGGCUUUCCCCACGACACAACCGCACCCGACGAAUAUGCUCAGCUGCUCAAUUUGCCGUGGCCAGAAACUUCUGACGAUGACGUGCCUACCAUGGCGCAAAAUUUGAUUGACCAGAACUGGUGCAGCCCUCAUGAGAGACAGGAUAUGAUGACAUUUCUUCACUUUCGCCAUCGCGCAACACGUGAGUUCGACGUGUGCGGCUACCCUCUGGGCUACUUCUUCCCCACCUCACAUGAUUUAUCGAGUUCCUCUGCCUCGGUUGGAACAACACGACAACUGAAAUGGCCCAGGAAAAUGUUGCGGCAGGCCGCGAACACCCUUAAGCGUCGUCGCUUGACUGUCACUUCGCAGGGACGACUGGGCGUGGCUUACAUUGAUGGAUACUUGACUGUUGAGUAUAACCUCGACACGGGCGUGCGAGAGAAACCAGUCAUGGACAUCGACGACGUAUUUCUAGUUCUCCAUCAUCAUUGGGUUCUGGACACACCGGUCUUCCCAGACGAACGGCAACGACUACAGCUAGCUCUCUUGCUUCUUCUCUCUGCGUAUACAGCAACUAGACCGGCUGCCUUAGUGUAUAAGGCGACUAAUCACACUAAACAAAGGGAGCACUACUUUGGAUGGGAGAAUGACGCGCCCGGCAAUGAUGAAAAGACCAAUUCUGAAACCUAUAUCCUUACCGAAGUGGAUACUCUGAUUUUCGAUCCGAUCCUGCUUAUGAUAACUGUCUCCAUCCUCGACAAUGCGUUUGAGUCCAUGAAUGUCGUCGAUCCUCACUCAGGCCAUUCUGCGCGGCUUCAAGAGGAGAUUGAGGUCCCAGCAAUGAAUACUUCUGUUCUAGUCAACAGUGGCUUGUUGACCUUGAACGAACCCUCAGGGGGAGCUUUCAUCGGAUCCAGUAUACGGUCAAAAACUCGAAUUCGACACUACAUUCCACGGCCUAGAGGGAGAAGUGCAGACGGGGCAGCCGGCGCGAGCAUGGCUGCCAACGCGGCUGGCCCAACAACACCACCGCGGUUGCCUGCCACAGCACCAUCUGCGCCUGCGCCCGCUCGACAUACGAACCGACAAAAGGCAAAGGCACCUCGCGACGUGGCUAGAACUUCACCUCAGUCAGGAGCCACACUAUCGCCUCCAGCAUCGCGCCCUUCUAUCCCAAGCAACUCAUUGAAUCCUCAUAGCUCCAUCUCGCAAACUUCGGAAACACUACAGACAUCCAUCGUCCUCGACCUGUCAAACACUAUCGAUCCAGUGGAAGACUUCAUACAAUUAAAGGAGAUAAUGACCAUCUUCAGCAACAGUCAGUCAGCGCUUCGGGUGCUGGCGAAACCGCGACAACAGAGUGGACAAGCGAUCGUGCGAGACAUCUUAUGGCGGCUUCAGCGCGAAUUGGCACACAAGCACGCACAGAAAGCGACAGAACUUGAUCGAGACAUCCCCCCAGCUACUUCGGUAAAGUCGGCCGCUCUACGAGAAGGGAAUACACUCCUAAACGUCGAGAGAACCCUAUUCGAAGCCAGCCACGAGGGCCAAUAUACGAAGCAGUUAGAUCGUGCUUUCCCUGGCAUGCACACACGACGAAUCUAUGACGGUCUAAAACGCGAAGAAGCUCAAAUCGUGGCGGAGCUACGCACGGGAAAAGUCGCCUUAAUAGUACCCUUUACAGCAUUAGGGCGAUAG